GGAUGAAGAUGGGCUAUGAUCUGGAGAGGUUUGUGGGCUAUGUGAAUGAGGGUCUGCUCUGCUGUGUGUGCCGGGACGUGCUGGAGCGCCCCCUCCAGGCGCCCUGUGAACAUGCCUUCUGCAGCGCCUGCAUCAGCAGCUGGCUGCUCCAUCACCACUCCUGUCCUGAGGACAGGCUGCCUCUGGAUGUGGGCAGUCUCAAACCUCUGUACAGGUACAUGCGUAAUGACCUGAAUCGUCUGCAGAUCCGUUGUGUGAACGCAGAGCAGGGCUGUGAGGUGGUCUGCCUCCUGGAGAGCCUGCACACACACGAGGAUGAGUGUGAGUUCGCCUUCAUAUCCUGCUCGAACACAGGAUGUCCCAUUCGGGUAGAGAGGCGUGGUCUGGAGGCUCACCUGUCAGAGUGCAACUUCCGCAGCAGAGAUUGUCCGAACGGCUGCGGCCACACUCUCCUCUCCAUCGAGCAGUCGCAGCAUAACUGCGUGGCGGAGCUGCGCGGCGAGGUGGAGAUGCUGCGGGCGGAGAUGCUGUGCAAAGUGGAGGAGGUGAGACGGGAGAUGGAGUCCCGGCUGGACUCGCAGAGGAGACACAUGGUGCAGAAGGAGUCGCAGCUAAAGAACGAGGUGGAGGAGCUCAAGGCGCAGUUGUCCCGGGUGGUGUGUGACAUGCGGGCCCUGCUGGGAGCGGAGCGCCUGAGGAGGCAGGAGCUGGCCGAGGCCGAGCUGGAGAAGAGGGAGCUGCUGGAGCUGCUCAGAGACCUGCAGCCCGGCGGGGGCCGGCAGACCCCGGCCGAGCCGGCGUCCGGGGAGCGGCAGCACGGGGAAGCGUCUCUGCACGCCUCCAGUCCGUCGCUGCUCUCGGCUCAGGCCGCACACGCACCCCCGUCGCCUCAGCUCGGGGACGGGCCGCGGAAAGGGGGAACCCGGAGUCUGACGCUGGACUGCAUCAAGAGGAAGAGCCGGGAGGUGACGGUCAUCUGA